AAAUAAAAUAAAAAGAAAGAGAAUAGGAUGUGAUUUUUAUGCUCAUACGACACUUGUAUAAAGUAAUGUAGUAUGUCGUAGAAGGAAGUGAUACAAAGAAAAAAAUCCUCUGACGAAUAAAUAAAAAAUCUGUGCACACCUUAACUUUGCUACUAUACUUCUCUCGAACCCUUCUACUACAUUUUCGGUCUUUGAUUGUCUUUCAUUUCUUUCUCUGAACCAACAAAUUCCGAGAUGGCUCUUGAAGUGAUUGGUGGAUCUUUUCUGUCUGCUUUGUUCCAGACGAUGUUUGACAAGAUAGCUUCUCCGGAGAUGGUGAGCUUUUUUCGCAAAAGGAAACUCAACCAUGGGUUGCUCCAUAAACUCAAGAUUGUGCUGUUGUCUGCUAAUUCAGUGAUUGAUGAUGCUGAGGAGAAGCAACUGAAUCCUCUUGUGAGAAAGUGGCUUCACGAACUCAAGGAAGCCACUUAUGAUGCUGAGGACUUGUUGGAUGCCAUUGCGACUGAAGCUUUGCAGAGAGAGAUAAAAAGCCGUGCAUCUUCAAGCAGGAAAAUGAAGGAAAAGAAACUUGUCUCAACUUUGUUCUCUAGUACUGCUUCUGCUUUUGAUUAUGCAUUAGAGCGAAAGAUAGAAGAGAUUCUUGAUGGGUUGAAGUUUAUUCUUGAGCAAAAGGAUGUAUUGGGUUUAAAAGAGGGUUUUCAAAACAGAGUUUCACAAAGAUUACCAUCAACUUCUUUGGUAGAUGAAUCGUGUGUCUAUGGUAGGGAUUCUUUCGGGGAGAAAAUUUGUCACUUGUUGUUCUUAAAUGAUAAUCAUGGUGGCGACAGGAUAUCUAUAAUUCCCAUAGUUGGUAUGGGUGGGAUUGGCAAGACUACACUUGCUGGUCUAGUUUAUAAUGAUGACAGAGUGAAGGUGUUUGAUGUUAAAGCAUGGGUUACUGUCUCAGAUGAUUUCAAUAUCACUAGAAUAACAAAAACGAUUCUCGGUCAUGUGGUUGAACCCAAACUAUUUGAUGAUAUCAACGUCUUAAAUCAACUUCAGGUAAAAUUGAAGGAGGUUUUAAGAGAGAGAAAGUUUUUCUUUGUUCUAGAUGAUGUUUGGAACAAUAAUUAUGGCCGUUGGAAUCUCUUAAUGUGUGCUUUUGAAUCUGGAGCACAAGGGAGUAAGAUCAUUGUAACCACUCGCCAUGAAGAAAUUGCAUCAAUGGUGACUACUCUUCCAGCUCUUAAACUAGAGACAUUAUCUAAUGAAGACUGUUGGCAAUUAUUUGUAAAACAUGCCUUUGUUCAUGUCCCUGUAGGUGCAUAUCAAAAGUUCGAAAUUAUUGGUAGACAAAUUGUUGAAAAAUGCAAAGGCCUCCCUUUGGCUGUGAAAACUCUUGCUGGUCUACUACGGUCCGAAUCAAAUUUGGAGAACUGGGAGAAGAUACUAAAUAGUAAAAUUUGGGAGUUGCCUAGUGACAAGAACAAUAUUCUUCCAGCUUUAUGGUUAAGCUAUCACUACCUACCACCUCACUUAAAGCGAUGUUUCGCCUAUUGCUCAUUAUUUCCUAAAGAUUUCGAAUUUAGUAAAGAAAAGUUGAUUUUGUUGUGGAUAGCAGAAGAUUUUUUACCACACCAAAAGUAUAAAAAUCUCGAAGAAGUUGGAAAUGAAUACUUUGACGAUCUAACAUCGAGGUCAUUAUUUCAAAUGUCAUAUACUACUACAUCCGGCUGGUCAUUUUCUGAGGUAGAUGUCUUCGGCAUGCAUGAUCUUGUGAAUGAUCUAGCCAACUUUAUAUCGGGAGAGUUUUGUCUUGUACUGGAUAAUACUGACUCUACUUCAGUUGCUAUAAGCAAGAGUAUUCGUCACUUGUCGUAUGUUGAAGAAAAUGUUUAUGACCAUAAUAUCUUUGAAGGUCUAUCUCAAGCAAAAUCUCUACGCUCCUUAGGAUUGGCAAGUGUGGACAAUAGAAUUCUUGCAGGGUCAAAUAAAUUACCAGACGAUUUAUUGCAAAGAGCAUUAUUAUCAACAACACUAAGAGUUUUGUCUCUCAGUGGAUAUGCUUAUGAAGAGUUGCCAGAUUCAUUUGGAAAUUUGAAACAUCUAAGAUAUUUGGAUCUAUCCUAUGGUCUUUUAAGAAGACUACCUGACACAGUGUGUAGUUUGCUCAAUUUGCAGAUACUACUGUUGUCAUUUUGUAGAAAUCUUAGGUUAUUACCAAAUAAUAUGGGAGGUCUGAUCAGCUUGCAACAUCUCGAUAUUGAAGAAACACCUUUGGAGAAUAUGCCACAGGACCUGUGCCAUCUAAAAAAUUUGCAAAGGCUAUCUGAUUUUGUCUUGGGUGAAUGUAGUGGGUCUAGCAUCAGCCAAUUAGAAAAGCUUCACAACUUACGCGGAAGACUCUGUAUUUCAGGGCUUCACAGUAUCUGUGUUUCUGAUAAUAUUUCAGAGACUACUCUGCAGAAUAUGAAGCAUGUGAGUGAGUUGACUUUGAUAUGGGGUGGUGAUAUCAGCGAUUCUGAGACUCAAAAUGUAGUGCUUGGUAAGCUUCAACCUGGUACAAAUUUGAAGAAACUCAGCAUUAAAUGUUAGUGGUACAA